AAUCUAGGAGACCAAGCCCCAUCCGUGCGUUGGGGAAACUGAACCCCCUCGGCGCGUCUUCGCUCCAGGGAGCGUCCCCGCGCCGAGAACCCCGGCAGGAACCAGGGCGCGCCCUGCAGGAGCGCAGCGGGGCAGGUUCCGACCCGCUGGGAAUCCCGCCGCAAGCCCCAGCCGGAACAGCAGCCUGAGGCGGUCGCACGAUUGUAGCCCCACAGGCAGCCAGACCCGGCUCCCCGGAUCAGGAGAGGCUGUGCGGACGGCGUUCAGGCGGCGAGUUCGCCGGGCGAAGAUGUCGGCCAAGGCAGAAGUCGGCUUAGUGCGCGAGGCUUCUCGGCAGAUCGUGGCCGGUGGUUCUGCUGGUCUUGUAGAAAUUUGUCUGAUGCACCCCCUCGAUGUGGUGAAAACCAGGUUCCAGAUUCAGAGAUGCACAACUGAUCCAAACAGUUACAAAAGCUUGGGAGAUAGCUUUCGAAUGAUUUUCCGAACAGAAGGAUUGUUUGGUUUUUACAAGGGGAUUCUACCUCCCAUCUUGGCUGAAACACCAAAAAGAGCAGUGAAGUUUUUCACCUUUGAGCAAUACAAGAAAUUGCUAGGAUAUGUGUCACUGUCACCAGCAGUGACAUUUGCCAUUGCUGGACUGGGAUCUGGACUCACAGAAGCCAUCGUGGUUAACCCUUUUGAGGUAGUAAAAGUUGGCUUGCAAGCCAAUCGGAACACAUUUUCAGAGCAACCAUCCACCAUGAGUUAUGCAAGACACAUCAUUAAAAAGGAAGGCUUUGGACUCCAGGGCCUCAACAAAGGAUUUACGGCAACUUUGGGACGUCAUGGAGUUUUCAACAUGGUUUAUUUUGGCUUCUACUACAAUGUCAAAAACAUUAUUCCUGUCAAUAAGGAUCCAACCUUGGAGUUUUUGAGAAAAUUCGGGAUUGGUCUUCUCUCUGGGACAAUAGCCUCAGUCAUUAACAUCCCUUUUGAUGUUGCCAAAAGUAGGAUUCAAGGGCCUCAGCCAGUUCCUGGAGAGAUCAAGUACAGAACCUGUUUUAAAACAAUGGCGACAGUCUAUCGGGAAGAAGGGAUUUUAGCUUUAUACAAAGGCCUGCUUCCCAAGAUCAUGAGACUUGGACCAGGUGGUGCGGUGAUGCUGCUGGUUUAUGAAUACACUCAUUCAUGGCUGCAGGAGAACUGGUGAUGGCCUGGGAAGAAUGUCUCCCCCUUGAGACAAUGGUAUUUGCUGUGCAGCACCAGGAACAGGAGAGACUUUUGAUCAGCUAAGCUAAGCAUGCAAUUAUGAAGGGGAAAUCAGUUUGUUCAAGAAUAAAUCCAAUUUAGAUACUUUAAAAAUUAUCUUUAGACAACUUGGAGUAAUGAUUUGGGCUAUAUACUUAGAACUAUGAGAAGAAAAAUAAUGUGAAGCAAUGAGGUAUUUAAAUCAAAUAUAGAAAAAUAGCAUAGAAAUCAAAUGUAUUUCCUAAAAGCAAUCUAAGCUUUGUCACUUAGGCUCCUCUUAACAUUGCUUCACAAUGAAAAAAUUCAUUGUAAUGAUAAUUGUUUUCCUAAGAAAUCCAGAAAUACUUCAAGUAAAUUCUUGAAAAUAAAUCACCCUGUGGCUAGUUCCUUAAGUAUCCAAUGAAAGACUGGGUUAAAAAAUGUUAAGACCAAAGUUAAACAGUUUCUGUAUGAGAUUAAAAAUUUCCACAAAUAAUAUUUAAAGGAAAACAUCUUUAAAGUACACUCAAAUGGCCUUUUAAGAAUUUUUAAUUUUGAGUAC